UUCCUCCCUCAGAAAUCACGGGGAUGUUAGUCAGUUUCUGAGUUGUCUGACUGUUAGUGAGUAUGUCAGCGAACGGCCAUGAAUUGGUCUGACAGAACCUUUCAGCUUUUUGCUAACGUCGGUUGUCUUAUUGUCAUGGCAAUAACACUGUGUGUUGUUUUCAUACUUUUACCUUGUGUUGACACCUCUGGUGUGAACCUGCGCUUUGCCUCCUAUUAUGGAGACCACAUGGUGCUGCAGAAGUCUCCAGAGAGAGCUGUGCUGUGGGGUUACGGCCCUGAGGGUGCACAGGUCACUGUCUCCUUGUCAGGACCGAUAAAACAGAAAACCUCACCAGUCAAUGUGACAAAAGGUAUCUGGCGAGUCACCCUUGACCCUGUCAAAGCUGGUGGUCCCUACAGUGUGAAAGCAGCCACUCAGAGCAGCAUGGCCACUCUGAAGGAUGUGUGGUUUGGAGAUGUUUGGUUGUGUGGAGGACAGAGCAACAUGUACUUCAAAACAUCCCAGAUUUUCAAUGCAUCAGAGGAGCUGGCCCUCGCAGCGAAGUAUCCUCAUGUGAGGAUUUUCAUGGCAGCUUUGAACCUGAGUGAAACUGAGCAGACUGAUCUGAUUCAAGUGGAACUUCCCUGGACUGUGCCCACAGCAAGUGUAUUUCCAGGGAGUCUGGCUGACUUUUCUGCAGUGUGCUGGCUCUUUGGACGUUACAUGUACGAGUUUCUGAAGUACCCCAUUGGACUGGUGGAGUCUUGUUGGGGAGGCACACCUGUUGAAGCCUGGUCAUCGCCAAGAGCGCUGCAGCAGUGUGGACUACAGCGAACUAGAGAGAGUCCCAAAGACAGGAAUUCUGUCUUGUGGAAUGCAAUGAUCCACCCAAUGCUCAACAUGACCAUCAAAGGAGCCAUCUGGUACCAAGGUGAGGAGAAUGCAGACUAUCAUCAGGACAAGUACAAUUGUUCCUUCCCUGCUAUGAUUGAUGACUGGAGGAUGGCAUUUCACCAGGGCUCAGAGGGGCAGACGGCUAUUGAUUUCCCCUUUGGGUUUGUCCAGCUGUCCACCUACAAAAAAGACUCCACAGAUGACGGCUUUCCGAACAUCCGCUGGCACCAGACGGCAGACGUUGGCUUUGUCCCGAAUCCACGGAUGCAGCGAACUUUCAUGGCUGUGGCUCUGGAUUUACCAGAUAUAACAUCACCCUAUGGCACGAUCCAUCCCCGGGACAAGCAGGAUGUAGCUUACAGACUGACACUGGGAGCAAGGGCAGUGGCUUAUAAUGAAAAGGACGUGUCCUUCCUUGGACCUUUCCCCAGUCAAAUCCUGUCCUCGCGAAUGUAUGUCAACAUUACCUUCAACCAGUCUGUCUCUGUCACAUACUCUAAAGACAUCUUUGAGAUCUGCUGCUCUGGGAUUCAAGCUCCAUGUGGGCCUAAGUCCUUCUGGGUUCCAGCUCCCAUCACACAAUGGGGUCCAACCACUGUCCAGUUAUCUGCCAGCUUGUGUCCACCCAGCGAUGAAGUAGCUGCUGUUCGAUAUGCAUGGAGGGAUUGGCCCUGUGACUUUAAAGCCUGUCCAAUCUACAGCGCCAGUGGGAUUUUACCUGCCCCUCCUUUUAUUUUCAACCGCUACCCAGAUAAAGGAAACAUUUGGAAAAGCUACUGAAGCAGAAACUGCAAGAAGACAAUGUGAUUUUAAAAAAAAACACACACAUUUGGUCAUUCAGGUCAAAUGAGCAGAUUGGACAGAUACCGUGCGGUAGGAGACUCACCAUCGUGUUAGAUUUAUUCAAAAGAUUAGUCUGGACACUGGACUAAACAGGAAUGUAUAAUGUGGUUACACUUUAUCCUUUACAGUGCAUUCAGAAAGGUUUCAGACACUUUUUAAAAUGGAUUCAAUUCAUUUUUAAAAAAUAAAAGACUUUAAUGUGCCAUUUACAUAAAUAUUCAGACCCUUUGUCAUGACACUUGCAAUUGAGCUCUGCUGCAUCUUACUUCUAUCAGUGGUCCUUGAGAUGCUUCUACAACUUGACUGGAGUCCACCUGUGCCUAAUUGGACAUAAUUAGGAAAGGCACGCACCUGUCUAUAGAAGGUCUCACGGUUGAUGGCGUAUGUCAGAGUGAAAACCAAGCCAUGAGGUCGAAGGAAUUGUCCAUAGACCUGUGAGACAGGAUUUUGUCAAGACACCGAUCUGGGAAGGAUACAAGAAAAUUUCUGCAGCAUCGAAAGUGGUCAAGAGCACGGUAGCCUCCAUCAUUCUCAAAUGGAAGAGAUUUGGAACCACCAACAAUCUUCCUAAAUCUGGCCAGCCAGCGAAACCAUGAGAAACAAAAUCCUCUGGUCUGAUGAAACGAAGAAUGAACUAUUUAGCCACAAUUCCCAACGGCGUGUGUGGAGGAAACCAGGCACUGAGCAUCACCUCAUUACAACCAACCCUACAGUAAAACACGGCAGUGGCAGCAUCAUGAUGUGGGGAUGUUUUUCUUCGACAAGGACUGGGAGAGUAGUCAGGAUAGAGGGAAAGAUGGAUGCAGAAAAGUAUAAAGCAAUCCUGAGUGAAAACCUUUUCCAGAGUGCUCUGGCUCACAGGCUGGACCUGAACCCAAUAGAACAUCUCUGGAGAGACCUGAAAGCGGCUGUGCACCGACGCUCCCCAUCCAACCUGGUUGGACUUGAACGAUUCUGCCAAGAAGAAUGGGAGAAACUUCGAAAAGAAAGGUGUGCCAAGCUAGUAGGAUCAUUCUGAAGAAGACUUGAAGCCAAAGGUACUUUAACCAAGAACUAAGUGAGGGGUCUGAAUAUUUAUGUAAAUGGGAUAUUUCAAUCUUUUAUUUUUUUUUUUAUUAAGUCCAUAUGCACUGUAUAAAAUCUAUGCUGUUAGAACCACUGCCAAUAAAUUGCUGGAUUGUAUGAAUGUAGAAAAGUGUGACGGAUGUAUUUUUAUUUUAUCAAAACUCUGAUUCAAAUAAGUCCUUUUGACAUUUGACACAAAUAAAUGACAAAUCAGCAAAUAA